GCAGCGGCAGCCGCAGCCGCGGCGGGCGGAGCGUGUGCGCGGCCCGGCCCCGGCUCAUUACUCAGCGGCCGAGGCAGGAGGCGGCGGGAGGCGCUGGUGAUGAACUGAUGUAAGAUUCUGUGAAUGAUAGUCUGCAUUCUUUCUCUCAAUUUCAAAAAAUUGGCUGACUUCAUACCUUCCACAACAAUCUUUCUUCUGAUUCAGGCCAGAAGCAAAACUUGGAUGAAGCGAUCUAUCUAAGUUGCCGUCAUGAGCAGAAGCAAGCGUGACAACAAUUUCUACAGUGUUGAAAUUGGAGACUCUACUUUCACCGUAUUGAAACGGUAUCAAAACUUAAAACCAAUAGGAUCAGGAGCACAAGGGAUAGUAUGUGCAGCUUAUGAUGCCAUCCUUGAACGAAAUGUUGCAAUCAAGAAGUUAAGCCGACCAUUUCAGAACCAAACCCAUGCUAAAAGAGCCUACAGAGAGCUUGUUCUUAUGAAGUGUGUUAAUCAUAAAAAUAUAAUUGGCCUGCUGAAUGUGUUCACACCACAAAAAUCCCUGGAAGAAUUUCAAGACGUCUACAUAGUGAUGGAGCUCAUGGAUGCAAAUCUCUGCCAAGUGAUUCAGAUGGAGCUAGACCAUGAACGAAUGUCUUACCUUCUUUAUCAAAUGCUGUGUGGUAUCAAACAUCUUCAUUCAGCUGGAAUUAUACAUAGGGAUUUAAAGCCCAGUAAUAUAGUAGUAAAGUCAGACUGCACUUUGAAGAUUCUUGACUUUGGACUGGCCAGAACUGCAGGAACUAGUUUUAUGAUGACGCCUUAUGUAGUGACUCGUUACUACAGAGCACCAGAGGUCAUCCUAGGGAUGGGAUACAAAGAAAACGUUGACAUUUGGUCAGUUGGGUGCAUCAUGGGAGAAAUGAUCAAAGGUGGUGUUUUAUUUCCUGGUACAGAUCAUAUUGAUCAAUGGAAUAAAGUAAUAGAGCAGCUAGGAACACCAUGCCCUGAAUUUAUGAAGAAAUUACAGCCUACAGUCCGAACUUAUGUGGAGAACAGACCUAAAUAUGCUGGAUAUAGUUUUGAAAAACUCUUCCCAGAUGUCCUUUUCCCAGCUGACUCUGAACACAAUAAGCUUAAAGCAAGUCAAGCAAGGGAUUUGUUAUCAAAAAUGCUGGUUAUAGAUGCUUCUAAGAGAAUCUCUGUGGAUGAAGCCCUGCAGCACCCAUAUAUCAAUGUUUGGUAUGAUCCAUCAGAAGCAGAAGCUCCUCCGCCAAAGAUACCAGAUAAGCAGUUAGAUGAGAGGGAGCACACGAUAGAAGAAUGGAAAGAGUUGAUAUACAAAGAAGUCAUGGACCUGGAGGAGAGAACCAAGAACGGGGUUAUACGCGGACAACCAGCCCCUUUAGCACAGGUGCAGCAAUGAUCAAUGGCUCUCAACACCCAUCUUCAUCGUCAUCCGUCAAUGAUGUGUCUUCAAUGUCAACGGAUCCAACAUUGGCCUCUGAUACAGACAGCAGUCUAGAAACCUCAGCUGGACCUCUGGGUUGCUGUAGAUGACUACUUGGUCUUUUGGGGGGUGGGAGGGGGGUCCUUUUAGUCAUUAAUAGGGCACCUUUAAAAUUUGAUGGUAUUUUUGAGUGUUUUUUCAAAAAUAAUCAUAGAAUUCAUCCUAAAGUGCUGUAAUUUUAAACUGUAAGUUGUGUUAAAAGCAGCCACUUUUUUGCUGUAAUUAACUGUAAAAUAUUAAACCUGAUAAUUUUUAUUGUGGUUUUAAAAUCUGCAUAUUUGCUUUACUAUUAUGCUGCUGAUCUUUUUUUUUUUUUUACUGAAUUUGUAAGAUUUGUUUUAUCGAAGCACAUAUUAAUGUUGUGGUCGUUACCAUAUAAUGAAUUAUUUAAGAUUUUAUAGGUUUUCAAAUUUUUAAUUAGAAUUUAUUCCGGAUGUCUUGUUCAUGAUAUCCUUCAAAGUUUUAUGCUUGGUCGUACGUCCAUGUGCAGGUGGAGGGCGAGAUAAUUCGGUGCGGCCAGCUGUAGCUUUGAGCAUACUCUGGUGCUGGCAGCGAACAGAAUCCUCUCUUAUUUUGGCCACUUGCCUAUAAUACUUCAGCAAAAGCAACAAUUAGUGAAUUUUUUUAGAGAAACAGCGUACAUUCCUCUGCAAAGUAACCUCAUCUGAAUGGUUUUACAAACUUAAGAAAGCAAAGCAUAUCUUCAAAGCUGCAGAAAUAUCUAGCCUAACCAAGUGACGUGAUGUUUUCUGCAGAGUUGUGGCAUGCCAAAUCUUGCGAUCACCAUAAAACACGAGGAUACUUCAUGAAUAAUACAUUGCAAUGCAAAUAAACUGUUUACUUCUGG